GGCUUGGUUGAAAUAAGCCACAGACUUGAAAAUAUUCAAUUUUCUACUCCUUCCCGUUUAAAACGCACUUCACAUUUGAGACACCAAAGCAGCCGUGUGAAACUAUAGCUACGAGCUAUCAAAGCUGUUUGGCAGCUAGGAAACUAACGAGAAAACAAGAAAGUGCAAAACAAUAUACUGAAAGACUCAUCAUUGAUCAGAAAUUUGCACAGCUUAUAGCAGUGGUUGUUAACACUAUAACUGAAGUUAACAACCCCAGCAGACUUAACUGAUCUCUUAGUUAAAGCUAAGCUGAGCUGCUUGGGGAAUGGGUGGGCGGGAAGAAGAGGAGGGAGGUGAGGAAUACUUGUUCAAGAUUGUGCUUAUAGGCGACUCUGCUGUGGGGAAAUCCAAUCUUCUCUCACGUUUUGCUAGAAAUGAGUUUGACAACAACUCCAAGGCUACCAUUGGUGUAGAGUUUCAGACCCAAGUGGUUGAAAUCGAUGGCAAAGAAAUCAAAGCUCAGAUCUGGGAUACUGCUGGCCAAGAAAGGUUUAGAGCUGUUACUUCUGCUUACUAUAGAGGAGCUGUUGGCGCUCUUAUUGUUUAUGAUAUUUCUAGAAGGAGUAGCUUUGAUAGCAUUAAGCGUUGGCUUGAUGAACUUUACACCCAUUGUGAUACAACUGUGGCAAGAAUGGUGGUAGGUAACAAAUGUGAUUUGGAGAAUAUUAGAGAUGUGAGUGUGGAGGAAGGGAAAAGCCUUGCUGAAGAAGAAGACUUAUUCUUCAUGGAGACAUCUGCCCUCGAAUCCACCAAUGUUCAGACUGCUUUCGAGGUUGUUAUCCGAGAAAUCUACAACAAUGUAAGCCGAAAAGCCCUGAAUUCCGAGGCAUAUAAGGCGGAGUUGUCUGUUAAUCGAGUAACCCUUGUCAAGGAUGGGGCUAACACAUCCAAGGAGGGCUUCUCCUGCUGUGCAAGAUAAAUAUACACCACAAUCUUCAACUUCCAGUUCUAUUCCACACUCUUCCCUGGUGGCGGGGUUGGUGCUUAUUUUUGAUCUUGAGAUGUUUAUGAAAUAAGACUGCAUUUGCAUUCUUAGAUGUACUAUUCCCAUUAUUUUAUCAUUAAGUCUGUCACAAUUCUGGAAUUCAUCACUCUACUACAUAGUGGGGUUUCAAAGAAUAUGAUAAAGAUGUUGAAUGAA